GGGGCGCGAGUGGUAUUGGAGCUGCUUUAGCUCGACGGCUCGUUUUAGAAGGUGCACAAGUAGUUAUUGGUGACAUUGACAAAAAAUUGGGCCAAGAUCUUGUAACUGAAUUGAACCAAAACAAUAAAAAGAAAGCAAUCUUUGUCUUUUGUGAUGUAACAAAUUUCGAUCAUCUACGUCAAUUGUUCGAUGCUACACAAAAUACAUUUGGCGGUGUUGAUAUUGUAUGCAAUAAUGCUGGAAUUGCGAAAAAUGAAUUUUUUGAUCAAACUGAUAGCUGGAUAAAGACUAUCGAUAUUAAUUUAAAUGCUGUAAUCAAAGGUACACAAUUGGGAAUUCGAUUUAUGAAAAAACGUGGUGGUGGUGUUAUUAUAAAUACAGCUUCGCUUUCUGGAUUUUUCCCAUCGAAAUCACUCCCAAUAUAUAGUACCACAAAAUAUGGCGUCGUUAAUUUUACAAAUUCAUUACGUGAACUAAAUAAUACUGAUAAAAUUCGCGUAAAUGCUAUUGCUCCUGGAUUUGUGGAUACACCUUUGAUGCAAAAUACGAUCAAAAUAAUGCCUACAAUGGUGCGAGCAAUUGAGAUAUUUGGAGGAUUUGUUCCUAUUGAUGAAGUGGUCAACGCUUUUAUAACGAUCAUUCAAGAUGAUAAAUUUGCGGGUAAUACUAUUGUGAUUCCGAAAAAGAAUUCUUCACAAGUUAUUUCAAAAUCAUUCUUAUAG